UUCCAGCUCAAUGUCUGCCUCAAUGGCUGGCCUUGGGAGUUUGGUUUGGCACUGCAGGACCUUUGGACGCGGCAGUGCUGGAUGUGGAUGUUCAAGAUGGCCUCGAGAACAAGAUGGAUGCAGAUGUUUGGGACGAAGGAUGUGAACAGCCUUUGUUGGUGGAUUUGCGCAGGGAGACGACAACUCUGUUGUCAGAUGUCUUCUUCUCUUUGGGUGCUGUAAUAGAGAAAUCAGCGACUGGCGCACAAGAGCGGCUUCUUGUAUACAUUGCGUCCGAGUUUGUUGGAAGCCUGGCCCAUUUCCUUGAGGCCCAUUUUGAAAUGGCAGCCUAUUUGUUCCGCUGCCAAUUUGGAACGGAGGAGUCUGCUUCAAACAGCUCAUACCAACAGUUGUUUGAAAAUCUUGAGACGAAAACGCUGUCCUACUGCAAUCUGAUCGACUCCUCCGUAGAGGUGUCGGAGUCCACUCUCCCUUUGCGCCAACAUGAACCUGUCAUGCCCAAAAAGCGGGGGACGCUGAAAUCCGCACGCCGAGCGUUCCAGGACAUCAAAGCCCUUGGAGUUAUCCAGGCAUAUGAUGUGCAGCAUCGAGCCUGGAAACAGGGCACAGCAAGGGAUCAGCUGGAUGAGCCAAAGCUCAAAGAAACGCUCAGAGCCAUCACAGAUAAGGGUGCCGAACUUUCUACUUCCGAGCUUGUGAGAACUACGACUCUGAUAAUUUGUUCCAACCUCGCCUCCGUUGUGAUGGCUCUGUUAGACAUCAUCCCAGAACUUGCUGCUGAUUUGCGGCACAUGCCAGGAGGAUUUCCAGCCUGGACGCCAAAUGGCAUGAUCGAUUUGCUUGUUGACACAAGCGCAAGCACGGUGGAUUUGCAGGAGGAGCUUUUCCUCGGGCCGAUUCCGCGAGGAGGCUGGCCAACAACAAGAUCUUCACCUCUUUGCACGGGCUUACAACGGCAUGGCAGCCAUGGUUCACAUGGUGCAGAGCAACUCAAAGAGCCGACAGUUCGAUCUGUGCGAAAGGAUGCAGCUGGACUGCCCACCUGGCUAGGUGCCACUCCGAGGCAGAUGCUGGAAGCCAUUGAACAGUCUGGCAGGCCCGUCUACCAUUCCUACGUUGCAAUUCGCAAUGCCGCACAGUUCGACAUCGAAAAGAAUUGCGAACAGUCUGUGGAACUAAUCUUCGAUCCGGGGCAGUGCUUCCAAACUCAUGCUGGCGUGGUUUAUUACGUCAACAAUGACCCGGAAGUCAAUGACAAGCUGUAUGUGAGGUGGAUUGGUGGAGUGCGAUUCUUACCAUCGGAGACGGAGAAGCCAGUGUGGCAAGCAUCGCUGGAGCCUAUACUGGGACCUCCAGAACCCUAUGAUAUGAUAUCCAUGAACUUUGUGGCUGGCAACUGUCGUGUCCUGUGGAAGGUCUUGGAGGUGGAGAAGAUUGCCCUCGCCAGUUUGGUGUACGUGCCCAUCAAUCCAGUGAUCCCGCCACCCAUCGAGGUAGAGCCCAACUACACCGUGGCAUUUCUGUGGAACCGGCGGAAAAUCAAAGCUGCCCAAAGAGCGAAUCUGUCCGAUGCCGUUUCCAAAGCCCACACGCUUCGUCGGCAUGUCGCAGCACAGUGCUCGCUUCAACGGGUUGUGAAUCUUCUGCACCCCUUAGGCUACGAGCUUUUGCAUCUUGAACACCUUUAUGCUGUGUUUGCGCAUGAGAAUGCAGCGCCACUGCUACGAGAACUCCAGCUGGCAGGUCCCAAACUAUCAACAUGUGAAGUGUGGCGUCAAGGCUGGCAUUGCUCGCCAUUCUCUCGACACUUCUUGGGCUUGGAGACCCUUCUGGGAUUUGAUCACACUUGGCUCAGUCCUGAUGGCAAAGGUGAAGGAGAGAAAGGACUUGGCUGUGUGAGGUCCUUCCGAGACUUUCUCCGAAGGGAAGGACAUUUGAUAUCUGGGAUGUUCACAGGCAAGGAAAGCUGUGACGAGGAGCAACUGGAGAGCUCAGAAUUUAGCAAGCGAAAGGCACUCCAACGACGGCUCAGUGUAGUCCAUGCGACCACUGGGGCAAGCAGAGGUUUAGCUUCUGCUGAGGUGAUGGCCAGAAAAUGGUCACGGGUCGCUUUUCCCAAGGCCAGUUCCAUGUGGUGUCAGUAUCAGCUCUCGUCACAUUGUGUGUGUCUUCCACCGUUUCGUGGGAGCCGCUGCGAUAUCAUAGACCAGAGCAAGGAUGAUGAGGCGCGAAAGUUUCGAGCCGGAUUUAUCUUUGUGAUGGAGAACGGUGGAACGGAAGAGGUGGAGGAACUGGCGGCUCGUUUGAAGGACCUAUGGCGCUUCAAUUCGCAGCCGGGGAGAGGAUACCCAGUGCUGAUCUUUCAUCCUUCGCUCAGCGAAGAUGCCCGAGAGCAGCUGGCAGUUGCAAGUGACAACCGAAUUUGGCUCAUCAAAAUCUCGGAAGCUGAGAAAGGUGUCUCAAGCUCUGCAGCGAUGCGGUGGUUCAGAUUCACCGGGAUCUUCAGUCACCCAGCCUUGAAAGGCCUGGAGAUUUUCUGGGAUGUCUCGACGGACAAUGUCACAGAUCGCGAGGAUGCAAUGCAUGCAUUGCACAGAGCUCGCUUGGCACCCGCAGCAUGCAGGAAAGCUCUGAAGACUAUAAGUUACACACGAGGUCGUUUGCAAGAUGUCACAGAGCUUUUCUUGUUACACCACGGCAAGGAAUGGAAAGAGUUUGAGGCAGCCGGUGGAGUGAAUCUUCUCACAGGCGAACUGGAUUCCCGAUAUAAUUGCUUCAUUUGGAGAAGGAGCUUCCUUGCUGAUUCCCCAAUUUUUACCAGGUAUGUCAGGUUUUUAUUGGAAUCCUCCGGCGGCAUAGGAGAGCUGCCCUAUGACCUGAGUGCCGUGCGCAAUCUGGGCACGACGGUCACAUCAUUUCUUGUGAAAGGUGGGACUCGAGCUUUGAUGCUGACUUGA